AUGGAACGGGAAAGGGCGAAGGUCGAUUGCUACGUCGAUGUUGUCCUUGUAUCUACCGGUGUCUCUACAGCAGGCAUAAUGAAUAUGUCUUUCUUAAAUUCAUCUUCGGAAUCUUUGUCGGAACAGGAUUUGGAGCAGCUGCAAAAAGAUGACAUUGAAGCCCUAGCGGAUAAGGUUAAGGCCAAGUUCAAGAGCUUCCAAGAUGAACUCGAAAGGAAGGUGGAGGGCCGGAAAGAAAAGGAACAAGAGGAGUAUGGCAAAAAGAUGGAAUUUAGAUGUGAAGAUAUAUUUACGAAGAGUGUGGACAAGUGCCGGGAUGUAUUUCGUGAAAAGGAGAAGGAGUGCCACAGGGUAUUGAAGGUUCCUGGAGUGAAACACCUACUGUGCCUGCCUCUCAAGAUGACAUUCUUAUGUCGUAUAUUUCAAGUAUUUGAUUUUAUGUGUGAUAAAGCACCGGUGGAUACAAGCGGCUUGAUGGAUACCUACUAUGAAACCAAAAGGGCCUUGAAAAAUUUUGCCAACAAUUUCAAGGCAGACUUAAGAUGGCAGGUGACCCAGUUGCUGUCACUAGUUGAAAGAGUGUCCGUUCAAGAGCUCCAAGCCGCUGUCAACCAUGAGAUCGCAAGAAAGAAGCUUUGGUUUGAUCUCAUCAUCGGUAUCACCAGAGCCGUACUCUCUGUCACAUUCGUCCUCGUAUUCAAGAGUGCAUUUGAAUACAACAACCGAUAUCUACGAGAAAUUCGCUUCGACAAUGUUUAUAUGACGUCAUACUUUAUGAAAAUAGACAGAAGGCGACGAAGAGAGGGUCGGAAAUCAUUGUUGCCGUUGAAGAAAUCAGAACAGAAGGAAUUAGUCGAACCAUUCAAAUGCAAACUGCAAAAGGCCGAGAAAGGAAAAUUUCUGAAGAGUAUCCUUCGCUUGCUCCCUCAAAUCCUCGUCACCAUCUUCAUCAUCGCCAUUGAUUACAUCUUCUUCUCCGCUCUCGAUCUUAUUCAACGUCAUAGUCAGGUGGAUUUUAAAUUUAAUGGUCAUCACGUGAUCCGCUUUGCUAUCCAUGGAGACGGCGCCGUGGCUAGUGUGUUUCGCAAGGUGUUUUUGACGUUCAGCAGUGAACAUCGCAUAGCCAGAGUCUCCUCCAAUAAACAUUGUUUGCCCGUACCAAAUAAAGUGAAGAGAAGUACCAAUAUCCUCAUAAUGAGUCUAUGGAUAUCAGUGUUAGCUCUCCUCUACUUUGAAGCAUACGGCUUGAGAAUCAGAAGGGUGAUCUGUGCUUUCUUUUAUCCAAAGAGGGAGAAGAAGCGAGUGCUGUUUCUAUACAACGAGAAUCUUAAGAAAAGAGCGGGAUUUCUUCGACAUGCUCGCAGAAAAGUGCGACGUAUGGUUAAAGAACAAAACCUCUUGAAGGAAAUUGGCAUCCUAGCUGAGCUGCGUCACAGCUACCCUCGAAUGUGUGGCUGGUUGUUUAGACUUGGAUUAGGAAAGAAAAGAUGUCUUAUAUGUGCUGAGGUGGAGAGUAAGGGAGCCAGGCACUGCAAGAACAGAAGAUGUACUUUUAUGUAUUGUCGACAGUGUUAUGACGAUGUUCAGGGUGUAUGCUACGCCUGCACGGCAGUCUCCGACUCGGACGACGAGUCAAGCUCAGAAUGGGAUAUGUGAAAGAGAGAAGGCUGGAUACAUGGUUCCUUUCUUAUCUAUCAGAAAUACCAACUUGCAGGGGCGGAGUAUCUCGAUAGGGGGCUAGAUGAUAUCAACAUUCAUUCAUUCGCCCUCUAAUGGAAAAUAGGAGUAUAAUGAACGAUUAAUAUUUACUUGGUCUUCAUUGCACUUUAUCUGAUACUCAUUCAGCCUUAUUCUCAUUUAGCCUAAUACUUCAUUGGUCUAAUUUACACUGUCUCUCACUAUCUUUUUUUACUUUGUCAAGAAAAUUUGGUUCAUCAACCGU